GCUAGAUGCCCCCAUUCAACGCUCAACUUCCACUGACAAGAUGUCCACCACAAUCCCAACAAUCGAUCUCUCCCCUUACCUCACCACAUCCGACAGCAAUGACCCCAAAAAAGCCACCGUCAUCGCUGCGAUCCGCGAAGCCUGCAAAACAACCGGCUUCUUCCGCAUCACCCACCACGGCGUCUCCCCCCUCCUCCAGUCCGACCUCCUGACCGCCGCAAAGCACUUCUUCGCGCUUCCGCUCGCAACCAAGCGCCGGUACAUCGAUACGAUUGCCCGGAAGGGGUACGAGGAGAUUGGCUCUCAGAUGCUGCAGCAGGGAACGAGGCCGGACAUCAAAGAAUGCUACUUUGUCGGCGCGGAACCUGCCAUGCCAAAGGAACCGCCCUACCGACCGUUCGAGUAUCCUAAUAUCUGGCCUGACGCGUCCGUCCUCCCGGAAGCGGUCUUCAAGGAGCCGAUCUUGAAGUACCAUGGGGCUAUUUGUGAGCUUGCUCGGACUAUCAUGGAGAUUCUGGUAAAGGGGUUGGAGGAUGAUUUUCCAGGGCUGCGAUCGGAGAAAUUGCUGCAAGAUUUCUGUCAAGAGCCCUGCGCGAGCUUGAGGCUAUUGAGGUAUCCGGGGCCAUCGGCUGGUGGGAAUGGUUCGAUGGAGAAGGGCAAGGGUCAGAAUAUAUGGGUGCACAGAGGCGAAAUUGUUGCAGGGGCGCAUACUGACUUCGGGGGUAUCACGCUUUUGCUGCAGGAUGGGAAUGAGGGACUGCAAGUUUUGAAUCGCCAAGGGAGAAACGGGGACCAAGGAAGAGAAGGGGGGCAGGAAGCGGAAGCUUGGGUCGAUGUUCCAUCCACGCCGGAUGCUUAUGUUGUGAACAUCGGAGACAUGUUUGAAAGAUGGACCGGGGGCCGGUAUCGGAGUACCGUUCACCGGGUGGUGAAUGUCUGUGGGAGAGAGAGGUACUCGGUACCGUUUUUCUACGAUGGAAAUUUGGAUUUUACGGUUCGGCCCCUAGACAAGGAUGCCUCUUUGAAGGAGGACGGUCGUGAGGUGACGGUCAGAGGGUAUUUGAUGAAGAAGUUUGAGGAGAUCUAUCUUUGAUGCAAGCAGAUACUCAAUAGUGGCCAUCGAAGACUGAGUCCCGGGGAAAAGCAAAUAACGGACAAUACACGUGCCAUGAUGCUCGCCCCGAAACAGCUUAAUCAAUCAAAAGUGGGGGAUUAGAG